ACUAUAUAUAUAAAGAUCGCCGGGAGUUUCCUAAAAUUCACAUUCAGUGACUUAUACUGAACAAUGGUUAACAUGAGCUAUCAGCAAUCUCAACUAAAAUACAUACAUACUCCAAACCCUAGACAAUCGAAAAAGCGAAAUAAUAAAAAGAAAAGGACAUUUUGGGACGAGAUAUCACCGACAACACACAGACAGACUUGAUUAACGGGAUAUUUUUUUUAAAAGAAAAAGGUAAGUGCGCUUAAUCAAAUGUAGAGCCUUUCUGUACUUUGUAUGUCGUCAAGUAUCACAAUUAAGGAAAAAAUUCGUAGUCAGAAUAAUUGGGUCUUUCGUAACACCAUUGUUUUUAUACUAUGCCACUUUGAAUUAAUGCAGUGUAGCGAUCGGCCGCUUGGUGCCGUAUUCUCACGUGAUAGACGGGGAGCAGCAAUUUAUCAAUGCUUAUUAUGCAUUUUAGUAACACUUAUUAGCCAUGACUCCACAUAUCUAUUGGUGUUAAAUAUGUGGGGGGAAAGCUGAUUGUUGUUGAUACUCCAGGUCCAGUGUGUACCUGUGUGGAAGCAUAUCUGUACGUUGCGACUGUUUGGUGAGAUGACUGCGGAGUGGCUGCACUUGCCCCCACCGUAUCCCCCAGGUGUGGGGCCGCUGUGUGGCGCGGAGCUGGAGGCCUGGUACGAAGACCUGCAGGAUAUCCUGGGCUCUGAUACAGGUGGGGCCAAACAUGCCCGUGCCCCACCCGGUCCUGAGAAGGAGCCGGAGUUCCUGGAUGUCCUCGAAAGCUGCUCCCUCACCUGGCUGACAGAUGGCCAGGUGUGGGGCGAAGGGGUCCAACAAGUUGUGGAGGAGGAACCACAGCAGCUGCCCAGCCACAGAUCCUCCUCGUCCUCUUCAUCUUCCUCCUCCUCCUCCUCGGGGUUGAGUCCCCCUGCGGCAGACGGCGGUGGGGAGGCGGGGGGAGACCUGUUGCCCCCAGAGUUCUUUGAGCUGCUGAGCGAGGGAGGGGUGGGAUUGGUGGAAGCAGGGGGUGCCGAGGUGAGCCACUGCUACCACCCCAGCCAGCAGCCCCCUUCCCCCGCGGUCAGCGAGGACGAGCCGCCCUCUGGCCACGAGGACUCCUCCUGCUCCUCCACCACCACUUCAGCCUCUCAAUCCCCCGCGUUAGUAAACAGCUCUCCUCCUUCUUCCCCCUCCUCCCCACCCGCCGCAGUUCUGCCGCGGCUGGGGAAGCGCAAGAGAGGUGCGGAGAGGGGCUGCACAGCCUCCCCGGGCCCCCCAGCCUCUAGGUCCUCCUCAUCCGCCAAGAAGAGCCGGCGGGAGCGGGAGCAGGAGAACGAGAGGAAGGUGCAGGAGCUGACGGAGCAGAACGAACGGCUGAAGGCGGAGAUCGAGAGGCUGGCAGAAGAGGUGCAAAGAACAAGACGGGCUCUCAUUGAGAGGCUAGUCAACACCUGCAAGUGAUGUUGAAUUGGGUGGGGCCAUGCCGAAGGAAGAGGGGGUGGGGCUUUUUUUUUUUUUUUCCUUUAAGAUGGGGGGAUGCAGGCCAGGGAUAGGACAGAUGAAUGAGAAAAGAUGGAAGAAUAGACUGAGAUAAAGAAGGUCAAGAAUGGGAUUUUAUGUGUGUCGUCUCCACCCGUCUUUAGAGAUGAAUGGAGAGAGAGCCAAGCAGUGACUUUUUCGUCCGUUACUGAAUUGGGCGGGAAAAACAUUGAGAAAUUGAGGUGAAGAUUUAAAAGGUGGACAGGAUAGGUGAAGGGCCAGUAUUGUGAAAAGCGAUCUGGGUUGAGAGCAAUUCGAGUGUCGGUGACCGGAGAGCGUUGUAUUCGAAGUUGGUACGGAAGUAUUCUCGGAAAGGUCUGUUCAGUGGGGAUGUAUACAGUAUUACUUCCCGGGAAAGUGGCAUGGCUAAAGAAUGGCAGGGUUGAAAGCAGAACGAAUGUAACUUUGAAGAGAGAAACAUAAGAGGAGUGUGUAUGGUGUGUUUAAAUGUAGCGUGAGUGCAAGUAUUCACCCAAAACCUUAUCACUUGUAAUCUUAAAGGGCUUCUACUUCAGACCUCCUCAUUUCGAUGUCGGUCGAGGUCUACGACGGGCAAGAUCGAAUGGUUAAACUGUUUUCCAGCCGUUUGCUGUGUGGUUGAUUGGAUUUCGAAAAAGAAAAAAAAAAAAAAGAUUCUCUGGCAUUGUGACCACUUUGCCUAAUGUGUGCUGUUGGGGUUGGGUCUGGUUGAGGUGGGGGAAAUACUGAAAGGGUUUGAGUACCAGUGUAGUUUGGUACAAACUGCCUCCGUUAUUUUAUUUAGGGUUAACUGGGCACUAACCGUUUUUUUUUGCCACCGAUGGCUCUGUACUUAUUUUUAUAGUAUCCUGUUAUAUAUCAUGAAUCCACUUAAUUCAGUAUUUUCAUUAUUAAAAUUGUAUAUCUAACAAAUGAGCUGCAUGCGAAUUAUUAAAUGAAAAUGCUACUCUUUGGAAGCAUAUUCAAGUUCUGACUUGUACUGUACCUGUGCAUUUAAUAUUAAAAUUUCAUUUAAUUUCAAA